GGAAGACAUUGUUUACAGGAGGACGUGAAGAGACUCGGUUCACAAAGGAUAAUAUAAGUUAUUUAAUUAUUAUCUAAUUAUGCCAGUGGGAGCUGAUGGAUUUCGUCUUCCCAAUGUUAAUGAAAGUAUUGCGAAGAAUAAGUUAGAAUGGUUGACUGGACCUGGACAGAAUGAAUGUUGCCGGACUUUUGUAAUAAAUGAGGAAGACCACACACUAGGGAAUGCCCUUAAACAUGUCAUUAUACAAAAUCCUGCUGUUGAAUUUUGUGGAUACACCAUCCCUCAUCCAAUGGAACGCAAAAUACACGUUCGAAUACAAACAAAUAAAACUCCAGCUGUACAAGUCCUACAUGAAGCACUGAAAGUUCUCAAAGAGCAGAAUGAAGUUGUUAAAAAAAUGAUUCAGGAUGAAGUAAAACGGUACGAGGAGACUCAUCUCCCACAAGAGUCAGAGGAGAUGGUGUCCCAGUAAUAUCGGAGGAUGUACUCAAUCACAAACUUACGGCAAAUUUCCGAAGACGUAAAUAAUGACUUACGUUGGCCUAACGGCAGAGGGAAGCUCACAACAUCUCACUGUACCUCCUUCCCCAGCAUAUGUAACCCACACCAGAUACAGGUCUUACAUUAUUUAAGGACUGUAUUACCUUUAAGAAACAUUUGUUUAUUAUCUAAAUGAAAAAUGUCCCAAGAAAGAUUAAAGAAAUGUUAACAGAAAGUUCAGCAGCCAGUCAGCCAUUUGCAAUGAGUCGAUGACGCCAAAAAAAGAGCAAAGGUGCUACACACUGGUGGCAGAUCGCGGCAACACAAAACAUCACAGCCAAAAAUACGAGUUUCACAUCCUGUCGGUAAUUCUCUUGACCAAAAUAUAAACAAGCCACACAGCUGCUCUGA